GGGAGUCAGGCUGCGCUGCUGCUAAAAUUCUAUCCAACAUACAAAAAAGGCUGCCCAGAGCUGUACUGAGGUUUGUUCUUCCUGGACACUCAGAAUGCAUUGGGUACCUAUGAUACUGGCAGGAGCGUUGGCUGCAGUCUGCAUCACCAUUGGCUAUGGGGCCCCUUCUGGUACCACAGUUAGAAUGGUCACCACUGCAAAAAGCCAAACACAAAGGAACAUCACCACCGGAGCUCCAGGAGCCAAUGGGACCGUGCAGCCAACACCAUAUGGGGAUGAAAAUCUGGAGGAGCCUCUUCCCAAGGACAGAAGAAUGAGACUAUCAGAUGAGAAAAUCCCAGACAAGAAAGCCCAGGUCCUGACGAAAAAAAAAGUUAAGAUAGUAAAGACCGUGAAAGUAAUGAAGAAGCCGAAAGCAGAAAAGCCAUCUUCUGAGAGCCAAGGAGAACCAUGCCCCCCACUGGGCCUGAAGUCGCUUCGAGUGUCCGAUUCCCAGCUGAGAGCAUCCAGUACCAAGCGCUACGGCCUGGGGGCCCACAGAGGGCGUCUCAACAUACAGUCUGGAAUCUACGAUGAUGAUUUUUUUGAUGGCGGAUGGUGCGCUGACGAGAAAAACACCCAGCAGUGGUUCGAGGUGGAUGCCAGAAGGCUCACUCGCUUUACUGGAGUCAUCACUCAGGGCAAGAACUCCAUAUGGACAGAUGACUGGGUGACAUCAUACAAAGUGCAAGUCAGCAAUGACACCCAUACCUGGCAGACGUGCAAGAAUGGCACAGAGGAAGUGAUUUUUAAAGCCAACAAAGACCCUGAAACUCCAGUGCUGAACCAUCUUCCCACCCCAAUGGUGGGCCGCUACAUCAGAAUUAACCCACAGACGUGGUUUGAAAAUGGUACUAUCUGCUUGAGAGCAGAGAUCUUAGGAUGCCCACUUCCAGAUCCAAACACAGUGUUUAUGUGGGAACACGUGCCGGAGCCCACAGACAAGCUGGACUUCAAACAUCACAACUACAAGGAGAUGCGGAAGCUGAUGAAAGCUGUUAAUGAUGAAUGUCCUGAGAUCACUCGAGUUUACAGCAUUGGAAAGAGUUACCUAGGUCUGAAAAUGUACGUCAUGGAGAUUUCUGACAAUCCUGGACAGCAUGAACUUGGUGAGCCGGAGUUUCGGUACGUAGCCGGGAUGCACGGUAAUGAAGUAGUUGGUCGAGAACUGAUGCUGAACCUUAUGCAGUAUCUCUGCAUGGAGUACAAGAAGGGCAACCCCCGCGUUAUGCGCCUGGUGACUGAGACGCGUAUUCACUUGCUGCCCUCCAUGAAUCCUGAUGGAUAUGAGCAGGCCUAUAAACUGGGAUCUGAACUGUCUGGAUGGGCCUAUGGUCGCUGGACCUACCAAGGAUUUGACUUGAAUCACAAUUUCGCAGACUUAAAUACCCCUCUUUGGGAAGCUGAAGAUAAUGAAGAGGUUCCUCACAAGUUCCCUAACCAUUACAUCCCAAUUCCUGAGUACUACACUUUUGCAAAUGCGACAGUGACACCUGAGACCCGUGCCGUCAUUGAUUGGAUGCAGAAAAUCCCUUUUGUACUCAGUGCUAACAUGCAUGGGGGUGAGCUGGUGGUCACUUACCCCUUCGAUAUGACACGUUCCUACUGGAUGGCCAAAGAACUCACUCCUACUCCUGAUGAUGCCAUGUUCCGCUGGCUCGCCACGGUCUAUGCCACCAGCAACCGCGUCAUGGCGGAUGACAACCGCAGGAUCUGCCACACAGAAAACUUCAUGAGACAGGGCAAUAUCAUCAAUGGAGCAGAUUGGCACACCGUCGCAGGCAGCAUGAAUGACUUCAGUUACCUGCACACCAAUUGCUUUGAGGUGACUGUGGAGCUCUCCUGUGAUAAGUUCCCUCAUGAGGUGGAGUUGCCAGUGGAGUGGGAGAAUAACAAGGAGUCUCUGCUGGUGUUCAUGGAGCAGGUUCAUCGAGGCAUAAAAGGUGUUGUGCGGGACAAAGACACCGAAAAGGGUAUUCCUGAAGCCAUCAUUGUAGUGAAUGAACUAAACCAUGAUAUCCGCACAGCUGUGGAUGGAGAUUACUGGCGCCUUCUCAACCCUGGGGAGUAUGAAGUGACUGCCAAAGCCGAGGGAUACCAUCCAUCCACCAAAUCUUGCCGGGUGACCUAUGAAAACCAUGCUACCAUUUGUGAUUUUUACUUAGUUAAGACUGCAAAACAACGCUUGAGGGAGAUGCUUGCCAACGGGAAAAAGCUCCCUAAAGAGCUCAUGCUGCGACUGCGCCAACUGAGAACCCGCAAAUUUAAAUCCAUGAGCCCCAAGUGAAUGGGGAAAACGCAAAGGACAGAGCACAGCGUGGACAACAGAUACAUCAUUAACCCCCACAGAAAGGCAGAACACUCGCUCAGACUGAGCACAUUAGUACAGAGUGGCAGAUGGCGCAUUAUUUCACAGUACAAACCAGUUGGAUCCAAUCAUAAUUUUGCUUACAACAUCUGCUUCCUAUCAUGCCUUUUGCUCAAUUACAAGUUUGGGUAAGAUACAGUAAUUCAGGCUCAGCUCCGUGAUUUUUACUGUAGUUUGUUAUAAACAAUAUAGGGACCUUUAUAUGUUUCAUACACACCCCAGAACAGCCCCUUAAAUCAAUCAAAGACUUCUGCACUAAAACAGGUGUCACAUUCUCUAAAAAAUCCCCAUUUUCACUUUUUUUCUUUGGCUUUAUAAGCCACCAGUUUUCCUCUUUUCAAGUCCCAUGGUGAUAUAAUAUUUCCCAGGACUGGGGUGUAACUAUAUGAUAAAAUGGGGGGCAAAUCUUAUACAAAUCUCUGCAAGCCUUCAGAUGUUAAAAGGAAGAAUCUUUUCCAAUGUGCAGUGCAUAUCAUAAGAUAGUUCACAUAUAUUUCUGUUAUGAAGUAUAUACAUUCCAUAGGGACAACAUGUACUACAAUGGUAAUGUAUUUGGGUUAUUCAGAAACAUGAUACUUGCCAUUUAGUGUAGUGAAAGAAAACAUAUGAUUGGUAACAUGGGUUAAGGGUUUUUUGUGGCACGUUUACCCAGGUUGCCCUACCUACUGGAGCUGGCAGCUGGCAUCUGAUGGCGUGAACAUACCAGUGCUCCGGUUGGCUCAAGUGAAUGUUCUUAUUUGCUACAUGUUGGUCCAAUGACGUGAUCAUUCUAGUGCUGACAUUUAGCUCUCUCACACCAGUGAAAGCACUUAGAAUGGCAUCAAGCACUAUACACUGUAAUAUGUGUUCAUUUAAAACUUUUUUUUAAAGAAACUAUUCAAAAAUAACCUUUCUGCCAAGUUUGUUAGAUCGUGACCAGCGCUGGAAUUUGGAGUAACAGCAAAUAACUAAUGAUAGCAUGCCAUUAAUAGAAGUGAAUGUGCCCAUAUUCCAGGUAUGUGGAGGAAAUAACAGAAAUCAGAAAGUUUAAUAGGGAGAGCUCUACAUUCUUGAUCACUGCCUUAAGGUGGCCAUACACGGUAAGAUCCGCCAACGUCGCCAAGUGAGCGGAUCUUCUCCCGAUAUCCCCACCUAUGGGUGGGCGAUAUCGAGCUAAUUCAGUCAUUUUGCCCUGGGGCGGGUAUGGGCGCCCAUCGGUUCGGGGACAACAUCAACGAGCCAAUGCGGCUGCCAAAAAUCAAAUUUGCCCGAUCGAGAUCUGUUUUUAGUGCCCAUACACAGGCAGAUAAGCUGCCAAAUCAGUCUAAGGGACCGAUAUCAGCAUCUAGAAUCGGCCCGUGUAUGGCCAACGUUAGUGGCCCCAGCUCCCUCCUGCCUAAUAAACACUACCCUACGCAAAGAUUCCCGACUAUGAUGUGAGAUUCUGUGGGUGCUCUUGUGUUCUUACAGGCUGGAACUGCUUAGAACUGAUCCUGUGCAUAACAGCUAUUCUUAUUAUAGGGAGAAUGUAACAUGUACUAUACAGGGAGAGUAGGUACCAUAAAAUGCUGGCAUUCGUGUAUCCUUGCAAGUCAAGUGAUAUUGAUAUAUUUCUGUGCCAAUAAAGUUAUUAAUGAUAAAACCCA